AUGUGUUUCUGGAGAGAGGCCUACUACAUAUUCUGCCGCCAUUGUAGCAGAGAUCCGGUUGAGUGCGUUGACGCCAAACGGACAGAUGAGCGAUGCGAGAACUGGGAUGCCGACGACAAGGAAAUGGAGAGCCAGACCGCAAACAGCACUCCCUACAUCAAGGCUGAGCCGGCAAUCUGCAUGGACUGUGAAUACAGGGGGAGUUUACCCGAACACGCGGCCAGCAAGAGGACCACUGCGAGCAUUGGCUACCGCGUUCGAAAAGGAACUCCCAGAGUCUGUGAUACAGUCUCUGCAGAAUCUCAUCCACGAGGUUGGCUUCGAGGAGAUAAAGCCUAUGCACUAUCUCUGCUUGUUGGUGCGGACCCCUUGACAGUCGAUACUCAGACAGAGAUCCUUCCCGAAGUCAAGACAUGGAUAAAAGAGAGCCUCGAAAUCGUCUUCUCAGACUUUGGUUCCCUCACCGAUGAUGACGCCUGCGAAUCAGCCAGAUUUGCAGUAGCGGAACCCAGUGGCUUGCUGCUAAAAGACCGACUCGUUGAGCGAUCCGAGUCAUCAGGCUUUGACAAUACUGUUGUCUCGGAGAUGUAUGAGUCCAUCUUGGGAGCCGCAAUUCCCGGAUUCGCUCUCAGAAAAUCAGAAAAGCGACCAUCGUACUAUGGUUAUGGUCGUGAGAAACCAGUUCGUGAACCUGCACUCGAUGGUCACAAGCUGGCAGCAGUUGUCCAACAUUGCUUGAAGUUGAAUCUGGAUCAAUGCAUCAACCAAUUGAUCGGCAAAAUUCUUCAGGAGAUCACUAUCAUGGAUACGAAAGACUUCCCAGCAACGAUCUUACCUCUACUGGAAAGUCUCUUGCUGGACAUCAAGAAGGGCGAGAUCAAGCCGAAAGGUUCAGGUACCUGUUCCAGUCCAGUCUGA